AUGGAGGUGUCAAAUAAGGAACUUUUGGCCAUGAUCCGAAGUCAAGAGAGGCUUGAGAAGUUGUUGGGAGAGAAGGAUGAGCCCGUAACAGAAGCGAAGAGGGAGAUAAGGCAAUUUCAAGCGCUCCUCAUUCAAUUGGAGAAAUCGACUCAGAACUUGACCCCUCAGUCCAAAGAAGAAGCAUAUAUUCUUACCAAAUGGUGCGAAACCCACAUCGACCCGAAAGUUCAGUUCGUUCGACUAGCUGAGGGCCUAAUAGAAAAUAUGGAAAUUGAGGCUUCAGAUAGUGUAUCCAACGUUUUGCGUCUUGCAUUUGAGGCAGAUCGAGACCACGACUCCAUUCCAUCCAUAUCCAGAGACAAUAUCAUUAGAGAUAACUUGUCCCAACCAUCAGACGUGUCUCAGCAAUCAAAAAUGUCCAAGCCGUCUGAUGGGUAUAAAGAGGCCAAACGUCUACUUCAACGGGAAUUUGGAAACAACUUCAGAAUCACGUCAGCGUAUAAAAGCCAGCUAGACAACUGGCCCUCUGUCCAGGAAGAUCCGGAGGAAAUGAAGAGAUUUUCAAUCAUUCUGCAACAAUGUCAAACUGCAAUGAACGACCUAGGAACCCUGGCAACAUUGAGCGACCCGGAUGCUUUGGACAAACUUAUGGCUAAAUUACCGAAUUCAUGCCAGUCAAUGUGGAGACGAAAGGUGAUGUCGAUCGAAAACAAUGAUGAACGAGAGGCGACCUUCAGCAACUUUGUGUAUAUGGUACAGCAAGUGUCGGACGAGUGGAACCAUCCAGUGUUUGGACUUAAGAGGAGAGGUUUCGAGACGUCCCGGAAGAAUCUAUCUCUAGCAACACUAAAUGACUUGAGGAGUGAGAAUCUCAGCGUUGACUUGUGUUUAUUCUGCAGUGCUGGACACGACAUGAGUGACUGCGAGGCUGCUAUGAGUUUAAACUUGGAGGAACGAAAAGAAAAGUUGCAGGGUAGAUGCUUCGGAUGCUUACACACUGGUCAUUGGGCUAGAACCUGCAGGCAACGAAGCAGAUGUCGAAAAUGUAAAAGGAGGCACCCCACCAUUCUGCACUGGGACGAAGCACAAGGCAACGAGCGGGUCGUUCCCCUCUCAUCUCUGGCUGGGGCUCCCCCAUCUCCGGGCGGUCCCGAGGACAUUAGUGUAGAUGUCCGUAGUGUGCACGCUAUCAAAGAAAAGAAAGACGGUCCCUCCAUUGCUGUUGCUCUCGUGCCUGUACGAAUUCGCCAAGUCGGCAGUAGCAAAGAGAUCGUGACGUAUGCCGCGCAAGAUCCCUACAGCACCGAUACGUUUGUAAAGGAAGACGUUGUCAAAGCACUGGGCUUGACAGGAAGACCCGUUCAAAUCGCCUUGACCACUAUGGAACGUCGCGACAGCCCUUGGUCGUCCAGUGUCAUAGAGGGUCUGCAGGUGUUAGACAUGGAAGAGACCCACGUCAUUGACCUGCCACCGUCCUUUAGCCACCGAGAAUUGCCCGUAACGAAGGAGGAUAUCCCGACAAAACGUCAAGCAGAAGCCUGGCCACAUCUAGAAAAUAUCCCCUUCAACUACUCAGAUUCGGACGUCGGGAUUUUGAUUGGAAUGAACGCCCCUAGGGCUUUACGACCCCUACGGUUGGUCUUGCGCAAUGAUGACGAACCGUACGCCGUACAGACCAAGUUGGGUUGGACUGUUCAUGGACCUAUUAGUGGAGGAAGGAGCAAUAAAAAAGUGAAUCCAAUAAAGGUCAGAACCGAGGCUGACCAGGAUAUGGUCUUGAGAUUGUUUGAAGCCGAUUUUCCCGACGCCAUCGGAGGUCACAAACGGGGCCGAUCAAUCGAGGACAAGCUGUGGGAAUCAAAGGUUGAGAGUAGUAUCUGCGUUAAAGAUGGCCAUUAUCAGAUCGCCUUACCCUUUAGAAAUGACAAACCUCAAAUGCCAAACAACAAGAUGCAAGUGCUACGAAGAGCUAAUCAUUUGGCGAAGAAAUUCGAAGGCGACGCACAAUUCAAAAGGAAGUAUGUGGAAUCCGUCGAAAAAAUGAUCCACAAGAAAUACGCAGAGAAGAUUCCCACGAACGAGAAUCCCGAGCUUGGCCAUUCUUACUUCAUUCCACAUCAUGGCGUUACACAUCCAAGAAAACAUGGAGAAAUCAGGGAGGGUCGUGUUUGA